AUGGAGAACGGCUCGGCCAGCCCGGGAGCCGCGCUGGGCGGCAGCGGCAACCAGACCCUGGGCAGGAUGCCCCGGCAGCCCCUGGAGCUGCAGGUGGUCACCAUCCUGCUGGUGCUGCUCAUCUGCGGGGUGGGCAUCGCGGGCAACGCGAUGGUGGUGCUGGUGGUGCUGCGCACCAAGCACAUGGUGACCCCCACCAACUGCUACCUGGUGAGCCUGGCGGUGGCCGACCUCAUCGUGCUGCUGGCGGCUGGGCUGCCCAACAUCUCGGAAGUGGUGGCUUCUUGGGUGUACGGCUACGCCGGCUGCCUCUGCAUCACCUAUUUGCAGUACUUGGGCAUCAACAUCUCAGCCUGGUCCAUCGCCGCCUUCACGGUGGAGCGUUACAUCGCGAUCUGCCACGCCAUCAAAGCGCAGCUCCUGUGCACCGUGUCCCGUGCCAAGCGCAUCAUCUCCUCGCUGUGGCUCUUCACCUCCCUCUAUUGCCUCAUGUGGUUCUUCCUGGUGGACACAACCCAGGUCACCUUCUCAGAUGGGGCACAGGUCAGCUGUGGCUACCGGGUCUCCAGAAGCCUUUACAUGCCCAUUUACUUUUUGGAUUUUGCUGUCUUCUACGUCAUCCCAUUGGGGCUGGCAACUGUCCUCUACGGCCUCAUUGCCCGCAUCCUCUUCAUGAGCCCCCUGCCCACCACCCCGCAGCACUCCUGCCUGGGCUCCAUGCACCAGGGCGGCUCCCUCAAGCUCUCCUGCCGGGGCAACAAGGGGGCCCUGAGUUCCCGCAAGCAGGUGACCAAAAUGCUGGCUGUCGUGGUGGUCCUCUUCGCCCUUCUGUGGAUGCCUUAUCGCACACUGGUGGUGGUGAACUCCUUCAUGGACCCUCCGUACCUGAACAUCUGGUUCCUUCUCUUCUGCCGCAUGUGCAUCUACCUGAACAGUGCCAUCAACCCCAUCAUCUACAACCUCAUGUCGCAGAAGUUCAGGGCUGCCUUUAGGAAGUUAUGCAAGUGCAAAGAGAAGGGUGCUGAGAACCCCGCGCCGUACACUGCCCCAGUGUACUACACCGUUAUGAGGGACUGUUCUCACGACAGCUCCGAUCACAACGUCACCGAACAAGAAGAUCUGCACAGUUUCCCUGUACCUGCGAAGAAGAACAAGCCUGCCAAAUAAAUCCUGGGACCCUGAAACAACGCAGACAGUGGGAGCUAUGUGGCUGUAUGCACUGUGCCAACAGAAAUUGUUUUGGCAUUGCAGCAAGCUUAAUUUAAUACCUCUCCAGGGCAUUUAACAAAACAGAUUCUUAGAGGCAAAUUAAUUUGCUUUUCCUUAAUGUUAAUUUAUUCUUGUUUGGUGAAGUGUUAGCCACAGGUCAAUGUUUAGCAUCUUUAAAGAAUCUGUAGUUAAGUAUAGCAGUUCAACGCCAUUCUGUGUUACAUGCAAGUGCAAUUGCUUGUUGAGUUGGGUCAGAGUAUUGAAAGGAAAUCCAGGAAGAGAAGGGCAUUCAAGGAAAAACAAAACAAAACAAAACAAAACAAAACAAAACAAAAACAAACAACUCUUUCUGCUGGACCAGUUUUCUUAUAGGGUAAAAUUCACCUACUGGAAUUUACACCCCUAUAAAACAGAGGCUCCAUGUGAGCUGCUCCUCUAGAGACCGUUUAGAGUUAAUGGGGAUAAUUAGGCACUUCCAGGAAGCAGCUCCUCUCAUGUCAACAUAGUCCUCUGAGGAAUACACAUACCUGCUGAGGAGAGGAAAGCCUCCCGAGAUGUGACUAUUUCUGUCCAUUGACUGUAAAGGGACUCUCUCAGGUGGAGACUCUUACGUUAGGUAAUAAG